AUGAGUCGCGCAAACAUCGAACAAGCCCUCACAGGUCUCGUCCCUGCACUCAGCGGGCCCCUACCACCCGAACUCAUCGAACUAGCCCUAUCGCUACUCACUCGCUCCCGCAGUGUCGCAACCUCCAUGAAACCCGACGAAGAAAUUGCCCGCCCAUACGCCUGCGCCCAACUAGCCUGCGAACGACUCAAGAAACGACUCAAUCUCCCUGCCAUCACAUCCCGCCCACCGUGUCCCCCACGCAUCUACAAGAAACUCUACAACUACCUCAGCAGCGCACUCCCAGACGCCACAAGUAGCACACGAUCAGACCCUCAGACACCGCGUAAAGCCACCACCUCUGCCCCUGCAUCCGCGCGCAAUACGCCCAAGACACCAUUGAGUGGGAAAAAGACACCGCGUACGGCGCUGAAAGCCAGCGAGACCAAUGGCGAGGCGCCAGAGUGGGUUGGGCCCAUGAUAAGAGCUCUCGCCAAAUCUUUCAAUUAUCCGGCCUCAAUCCCACACGUAUACACAGGCGUAGAAUCGAUAUAUCCACUACUAGCGCGCAUGGCAGCUGCAGCAUCGGAAACACCAAGUAAACGGCCGCGACGUAGUACGACCAACAACUACGGGGAUGUAAGCAAUACGCGGACGUUUAGUCUCGUGGUCGUGGUUUUCCUGCUCGUCUUCUCGCGCAUGAGAGAUGUAGAUGUCACACCGGAGCAGUAUAAUGUUUGGGUGAAUAAGGCGGUGGGUACGGUGUUGACGCUGCCAGAGGCAAAGGGAAGUGUGAAAGAAGACGUGGUGCCGGUAGUUGAGGAGACCAUGGGUAUGGCGAGGGAGGAGGGGUGGUUGCAGAUGCAGUGGUUUGAGAGCGUGACACCGCAGGGUGAAGGGGAUGAGAUGGAGGGGGUGGAGACGACUGAGAGUGUAGGUAACAGUGGGAAAAAUAAGGGUGUUCGGUCUGGUGGGAGCGAUUAUAUUGGUUUAGGCACUAUGAUGCAGGACGCGACUGAUUAUCUGGGUGAGCGACAGCAGGAAGAUUAUAUGGUUUGGAAAGAAAAUAUCCUGGCGCGUGUGCAGGAGAUGGAGGCAGGGGCAUAG